AUGUAUGAUGCAGCCGCCACUGUCACUUACUCCACCUCCGUCGUCGCUCCUACCUCCGACCACCCAACACUGUCAAACAAUCCAUAUGGUGAAGUUAUAGCUGCCGUUGUUUGCCAUCUCAUGUCACCUCUCUUCUCUAUUUCUUGCUGCCAGCAUUGCUUCGUUCAUGGUGGUCUCCGUAUCUCAGUCACGACCACUGUCGCUGCAUGGCUCGAAUCUGUUACUCGAGUCGCUGCUUCAGCUAUUGCAGACUGCUGUCGUGGAGCCGCUAUCAUCGCAAAUCACCACAACUUGCCGCUGUAA